GAGAGAGAGAGAGAGAGAGCUGUGAAAUGAUAAUGGCGGUUCCGAUGAAAUUGGUUUCCCUCUGUUCUUUGCUGCUUCUGUUGCUCGUUGUUGUUGGUGUCAUGGCGUGGACAAGACCAAACGACGUCGCAGAACAGAGGACUGUGGAAAAAGUGCAGUUGCAGAGCUCCAACAACUCAGUUAUGUCGGCGAGGUUGGAGGAGGUUGAAACAGCUUUGAAUGAACAUGCAGUGGAUGAUCCUGAAGAGGUUGCUUCCAUGGUUGAGAUGAGCAUCCAAAACAGCACUGAGAGGAGGAAAUUGGGAUUUUUCUCAUGUGGAACGGGCAAUCCCAUUGACGACUGCUGGCGUUGUGAUCCCAACUGGCAUAAAAACCGCAAGCGACUUGCUGACUGUGGCAUCGGUUUUGGGCGCAAUGCUAUUGGUGGCCGUGAUGGUCGUUUCUAUGUUGUCACUGACCCCAGUGAUCAUGACCCUGUUAACCCCCGGCCUGGUACUCUUCGCCACGCUGUUAUCCAGGACAGGCCACUCUGGAUUGUGUUCAAACGUGACAUGGUUAUACAAUUGAAGCAGGAGCUAAUCAUGAACAGCUUCAAGACCAUCGAUGGUCGUGGGGCCAAUGUCCACAUUGCUAAUGGAGCCUGCAUCACUAUACAAUUUGUUACCAAUAUCAUUAUUCAUGGUCUGCAUAUCCAUGACUGUAAACCCACUGGGAAUGCCAUGGUGAGAAGCUCACCCACCCAUUUUGGUUGGAGGACAAUGGCUGACGGUGAUGGUGUAUCUAUUUUUGGUUCGAGCCAUAUAUGGGUUGAUCACAAUUCACUCUCUAACUGUGCUGAUGGCCUUGUUGAUGCUGUUAUGGGCUCAACUUCUAUUACCAUUUCCAACAAUUACUUCACCCACCACAAUGAGGUUAUGCUAUUGGGGCAUAGCGAUUCUUAUGUAAGAGACAAGCAAAUGCAAGUUACUAUUGCCUACAACCAUUUCGGUGAGGGUCUCAUCCAGAGAAUGCCUAGGUGCAGACAUGGGUAUUUCCAUGUGGUCAACAAUGACUAUACUCACUGGGAAAUGUAUGCCAUUGGAGGAAGUGCAGAGCCCACCAUCAACAGCCAAGGCAACAGAUAUCUUGCCCCAUCAAAUCGUUUUGCAAAGGAGGUUACAAAGAGGGUGGACACAGCUGAAGGUCAGUGGAAGGGUUGGAAUUGGAGGUCAGAGGGUGACCUGAUGCUUAAUGGUGCCUAUUUCACUCCAUCUGGAGCUGGAGCCUCAGGCAGCUAUGCUAGAGCUUCAAGUUUAGGUGCCAAGUCAGCUUCGAUGAUCGGAUCCAUUACUUCAGGAGCUGGUGUUCUUGGCUGCCGCAGGGGUCACCAGUGCUAGCAACCUCGGUCAAUUACACACAAAAAAAGUCCUUUUUUCCCCCUUUUUAUUGUUUUUUUGUUUUUUCUGGUUAGGCUUCCAUUUUUACUUCUAUAUAGCACCACCCCAUAUCCACAUUCCCUCCAUUGUUUGUCUGUCAUCUAUCUGCUGUCUUUACUUCGACAAGUGUACAUUUUUUACACUGUCAAUCAUUCAUCCCAUCGACUCCACCGUGCCAUUGUCGCCAUUGUUGUGCAACCUCGGCCUGCUUCAAUCCCGAAUACAAAUUGCCAUUCUAGGAGCAGGCGCAGAAGCGUUGUUCAAAUCUUUUUACCUUCUUAUUUUGUCACUGUCAACCUCAUCCAUCAUCUUUCUAACCACCAUUUGCCUCUCAUCACCUACUCAUAUGCUGCCAAUUUGGUGCUACAUAUAGUGCUGCUUUUGGGUUUUAUAGGAACUGAAUGAUUUUGUAAUUUCCCUUCUUUUUUUUUUUCUCCUUCUAGCUUUCUUGAGUCAUACAAGCUAUAUAGUGUGAAUUUUAAGCUUUGGGUUAUGAAAAAAACUUCUUUAAUUAGACUAUGCAUAGCUGCAAGUUUGUUUUACCUUUUCCCACUUUCUUGCUUUGUCUUUUUCAAUGGAAGCAAUCUUGUCCUUAUGGUUGUGCAGUGUGGUUG